GGUGCAGUCAUCUACUGGCCUGCCGACGUGGCGGGGCGGAAAAGGAGCCGCUGGUGGCACUAUACGGAUCACCAUGUCCCAGACUGAUGCAGACCCCUCUGCUGACAUCACUCCUUCACCCACCCAGCCCCCUCACACAGACCCUGGCCUCUGUCAGGAUGUCCCAGCAGCCUUUGCACUGCCAUCAGGCCCUCUGCAGCCUCCUUUGAUCCCUGAGAGUUUCAACCUCCCACAAUCCACCACUGAGGAGAUGACCACAGAGGACACCACCACCAUGACUAGCGCUUCAGCAUGUCCGACUGACCAACCAAAGCCUGCCCCUGAGGGUCAGGUGAUCAUAUGUGACCAACCAGUAAGCCUGGAGCCAAACGAAGAGGCUGCAGAGGAGGAUUUGGAGCGGUCACUUCAGGAGAAAGAAAAAGGUUGGGGAGGUUGGAGUUCAUGGGGAAAAUCUCUUCUGAGCAGUGCCACUUCCACAGUGGGUCAGAGCCUGACCUCAGUUAAAACAAAGGCAGGAGAAGCUCUGCGUCUCCACAGGACCUCAGUAGGAGAGGAGGCACAAGAAGACGAGGAGGGAGCAGAGGAGGAGAAGAAAGAGGGAGGAGGUGAAAGUGGAGAGACUGAGCUGUCCAGCUCCGGGGAGCAUAGUGUUAGUGCUGCAGCCUCUGGCAGGGGAGUCUUCUCUACGAUCACACACGCUGUGCAGAACACAGGUAAGUCAGUGAUCAGUGGAGGUUUGGAUGCCUUGGAGUUUAUUGGAAAGAAGACCAUGACUGUUCUUGCUGAGAGUGACCCGGGUUUCAAAAAGACCAAGACCCUGAUGCAGAAGACUGUAUCACUGAGUCAGAUGUUAAAGGAAGCCAAAGAGAAAGAGCGGGCCCGUCUGGGCAACCAUCCAAUCAGUGCACCCACAGCUCACUACGGUAUUCUGUUUGACGACUACCAGGGCUUGUCACACCUUGAGGCCCUGGAGAUCCUGUCCAAUGAGAGUGAGGCCAAGGUCCAAGCCUUCCUCUCCUCCCUGGUGGAAGAGGAGCAGGAGGAGGUGAAGAAGGAGCUGAUUUUCAUUAAGAAUAUCUUCAUCAAGCAAGAGGAAGGCGAGGAAGAGGAAAAAGACAAAGAGAAGGAGGAGGAGGAAGAAGGAGGAGGAGGACAGACGAAGGAUAACGGUGAUCUUAGUUCCCAAUUACACUGUUCUACCUCCCUGUCGGCCGAUGGCGAGGAGUUUGUGAGCGUUCUCACUGAGCUGCUGUUUGAGCUUCAUAUUGCUGCAACGCCAGACAAACUCAACAAGGCUCGGAUGAGGGCCCAUGAUUGGGUGAGCGCGGUGGAACAGCCUGUCACUACGGAGACGGUUGACAGGGAAACGCAGGACCAGCCGGCAGGAGAGGCCUCACCUGGAGAGAAGGAAAUGGAGGAGAAGAAGAAAAAUGGAGAGCAGGGGGAGGAGGUGAAGGGAGAAGAGGAAGAAAAGGAGAAAGAGAACGACCCCAGAUCUGUAGAGGCUGUGUACCUGUCAUCAGUCGGCAGUCUGGCAGAAGUGACCGCUCGCAGUAUUGAGCAGCUCCACAAGGUGGCAGAGCUCAUCCUCCACGGCCAGGACCUGGAGAAACCAGCGAGAGACCAGGCACACAUCCUCGCCAGGUUGACAUGUGCCAUGUGUAAGGAGGUGGAGUGUUUGGUCAAGAAGUUCUCUGAUACACUGCUUCUUGUUGGGGGUCAGAGGAAAGCAGAGGAGUUGAAUCCGCUGGUAGAUAAUGUGCUGUUAGAGGGCUCUAACUGUACAAACUACAUUGAGAAUGCAUUGCAAUUGCUGCUGCCCGUCCUGCAGAUCUCCCACAUCCAGAGCCAGCACUGUCGAUCUACCACAGAACCAGCAGUACAGACACAGCACUAACACACACACACUCACACGCUACAUGCUCACCUGCUUGUCUUAAUGUAUCUAUUGUUGUACAGAAAAUUAUAGAGAAUGGAUUAUUCCAGAUUAAAUGCUUAAAUCUAUAUUCGACGCCAUAGAAACAGGCAGAAGAUGUUUUAUACAUACAUAAUAUAAUCUUAACGUUUAAAUGACCCACAUGCAGGUUGUAUGUGUGAAUCUUCCACAUUGUAUCUCUGAAUGUUAUUUUGACUGAGUUAAUGUUUUGCUUUGAGGAACCAAAUGUUAUUCAGAGAUAAUUCAAGCUCAGCUGUGACUCAUUCUAUCUGACAAAACCAAGAUGUCUCUGUAUCGUCUCCAAAAAUUGAACCAAAAAUGACGUGACUCUCUAUUAAUGUAUAUUAAGCUUUCUUUGCACUCUUAAGGUCCUUUGUUAUUUCAAUGGAAAGUGCAUUAACUAACGCUAGUGACAUUUUUUAUGUUAAAUUAUGUGACGUAAUACUACCUUUAUAUUUAAUGCUUAUCUAGUUUGAUUUGACAGAAAAAUCAGAUUUUCAUACUUUGAAUUGCAAAAUAUUCAGUUAUACUUCUCCCUUAUUGUGUAUAUUGAAGAUAUAAUGUAGGUGAAUCAUCUCUAAUUAUGUUUUGUGCUGCUACAUUUAAAAAGUAUAUUUCAGCAUUUUGGGAAAUUUGCUUAUUCACUUUUGUGCUGAGAGUUAUUUGACAAUAUUGAGACCACUCUCCAUCUGAUGAUCAAUAUGAACUUACAGCCAGCAGCUUGUUAGCUUUGCUUAGCACACAGACUAGUAACAUGUUACAUGUUACUAGGUAGUCUGGCUCUGUACAAAGGUAGCAAAAUUAUCGUCAUAUAUUGAUUAUAGCCGCUUCAAACGUGUACAUUGAUUAGUGAGCUUUAAAGGUACUGUUACCUUUGGGCACAGUCAGGCUAGCAGUUUUCUCUGUUUCCAGUUCUAAUGCUAAGCUAACUGGCUGCUGGCUUGUCAGCUACAUGUUUACCGUACAGACAUGAGGGUGGUAUCGAUCUUACUCUUGGCAAGAAUAAAAAUGAGAGUAUUUUCAAAAAUGUCAACAAAAUGACAUGGCAUGCCCUCUGUUGGAGUCCGAACACCUUGAAGAAGUCUUGCCCUCCAGAAUAAAGUAAUUAAUUAAUACUGUUUUUGCCAGGUUCUAGAUAACCUUUUGCUCCCCAAAGGAAUAGUGUAUCUCAACCAUUUUCCACACAAUCAUUUUUUUCCGGGGGCAUGAACCCCCCCCAUUUGAUAAUAAAAUGCCUAAAAAUCUGUACAUCUGGAAAAAACUUGAUAGUUGCCAAGGAAAAGAAUCAUCCUGUGGAGCCUACAUGCUUUUUUUUUUAUAUAUAAUUGUUCGCUAACUUUCUACAUCAUUCUGAAACCAGAACACAACAAAUGUUGAGGAUGACUCAUUUUCACUCCUGCCCCAGUUAAGUUGCAUAACACAUUUUUUGUUACACUAUGCUGGAGUAGUUCACAUAAUUAAUGUUUAGCUGAAAAAUCUGCUACAUUUGAAUCCAUCCCAUAAUAAUUUUGCUGCUCUUAUUGCAAAUUAAGAAUCCCCAACAAUGCCAAGUAAAUCUUCAAUACUCUGAAUUGACUAUUAGGCCAACGAAAAAACAUUUACUAAAUUAUAUUUAUUUAAAAUAAAUGAUUUAGGGCUUUUGAAAAUAAUUUGGUGGCUGGAGACACCCCCCAUCCCCACCCCCACCCCGGCUCCGUCCCUGUCUCCAACCACCUGUGGAUUUUCUGCAGCAAUCCUAAGGUGCUUGAGCAUCUGUUUUUUAAUAUCCAGUGUUCAAUGGCCUCUUAGCUUCUAGCCAGUAGAUCUCUGGGAGAGACAAAGUACUCCCUUCCCCUCCUUUACUUCUGCUUCUUCCCUUUUAGAGAUGCACUGAUCCAUGCAACAAAAAGAAAUGAGGAAAGAAAAUAUCUGUCAUAAUGUUUUGGCUGCUUUCAGCUAUAUCCAGAUGGGGUAAGGCCGUUUAUCAACCUUGCUUCUGCCUUAGGAUAUACAGUUAUUUGUAAUGAUAAAUCUUUGGGAGGCAAGUCAUUGAUUUAGGUUUGGACAGUUUACUAAUAAAAUGCCCUAAGACUGUUUGAGGAUGAGAUGUUGAAAAUACACAAGUUUUAACCAUC